AUGUCGCCAGAUCAAGGUGAAAAGGAGAACCCCAUGAGGGAACUUUGCAUCCGCAAGCUCUGCCUCAAUAUCUGUGUUGGGGAGAGCAGGGACAGACUGACCCGGGCAGCCAAGGUGCUGGAGCAGCUCACAGGCCAGACACCUGUCUUUUCCAAAGCUAGGUACACCAUCAGGUCCUUCGGCAUCAGGAGAAAUGAAAAGACUGCUGUUCACUGUACUGUCCGUGGAGCCAAGGCAGAAGAAAUUCUGGAGAAAGGCCUGAAGGUGCGGGAGUAUGAGUUGCGGAAAAAUAACUUCUCGGAUACUGGGAACUUUGGCUUUGGGAUUCAAGAACACAUUGAUCUGGGCAUCAAAUAUGACCCAAGCAUUGGGAUCUACGGCCUGGACUUCUAUGUGGUGCUGGGCAGGCCAGGUUUCAGCAUCGCAGAAAAGAAGCGCAGGACAGGCUGA